AUGCAGGAGAAGGUUAUCAAGACUUAUGUCAAGAGCUUGACGCUCAGAUACCCUUACUGGAAUAUGACUUUAGGUGCUGAUCACUUUUUUGUCAGUUGCCAUGACGUUGGCAGCCGGGCUACUGAAGAAGUUCCAUUUCUCCUGAAGAAUGCAAUUCGACUUGUUUGUUCACCAAGUUACGAUUCCAACUAUAUCCCACAGAAGGAUGUUGCCCUCCCACAGAUACUGGAGCUUUCUGUUCCUCCGACUGCAAAGUCUCGCCCUUUCCUGCCAUCAUCAGAUUACUGUGGAGAAUAUCGCAGGACUAAACUUGGUUUCUGGGCUGGUUUUCCCAACUCAGAUGUAAGAAAGAAUCUUCGAAUAUUUUGGAAAGAUGUUUCAGGAUUUGACAUCCACACCGUCGACAAAAGGGCAGAAAGGGCAGCUGUACUAAGCGCUUAUGAACAGGAAUUAUAUGAGAGUAAGUUUUGCAUCUGUCCUCGUGGGGAGACUCAAGUCGAUGGUGUUUGCUUAGCAGAGUCGAUGGCUUUUGGAUGUGUUCCUGAUAGUAAAAUGGAAGAGAGGAUGUCUAAGUCACCACAGCCUUUUGGAUGUCUUUCUGAUUCUGCAGUUAUCUUGUCUGACUACUAUGACUUGCCAUUCCAUGAUGUUUUUGACUGGAAUAAAUUCUCUGUAAUGGUCAAAGAGAAUGAUUUUCCCCGUCUGAAACAAAUUCUUGAAGGCAUUCCAGCAGAGACGUUCGAGCAAAUGCGUCAAAAUGUUCUUCAGGUUAGAAAGCACUUCAAGUGGAAUUCUCCUCCUGUCAAGGACGAUGAGUUUCACAUGGUUAUGUAUGAGCUAUGGAAGCGUCGCCAUAUCAUUAGACUUCAAACCAAAGCCAAAAGCUCUGAUCUUAGCCCAAUUCCAUUGGAAACAAUGGUAAGAUCGAUGACUAUAAGGAUUACCCAAGCAAUUCUAUGCUUGUUGUGUCUAUUGAGCCGUAAUAUUGAAGUGGAAGCUGGUAGACAACUAUCUAGAGAGGAAGAUUUGGAAUUAGAGAAGCAACUUAAACUUAUGAAUAAGCCAGCUGUGAAAACAAUUAAGACAAUAUAUGGAGAUAUAUACAAUUGUGUAGAUUUCUACCAACAACCUGCUUUUGAUCAUCCAUUGUUGAAGAAUCAUACUUCUGAAUUUAAGGCGAGACCUUCAUUUACCCCCAAAGAGAGUAAUACAACAUAUAAAGAUCACUCAACCAUCUUUAAUCCAAGAAAUAUAUGGCUGAAUAAGAAGGGUUGUCCAAUUGGUACAGUUCCAAUCAGAAAAACUACUAAAGAUGAUCUUAUCAGAGCCAAAUUAGCUGCAGAAAUAUAUUCUUCAAAAUUCAAUCCUCAAAGUGGUGAGACUCCUGGUCUCCAUCUUGCUAUCCUUCGCACCCAACCUGAUCCAAUCAAGAAAUACUAUGGAGGUGGAAUGAGUCCUGCUAUAUACAAUCCACCAGUACAAAACUCUCAAUCAAGCUAUGCUCGCAUGAAAAUUAAAAAUGGAGCAGACUACAUAGAAGCAGGGUGGAUGGUGAAUCCAACUAUCUACAAAGAUAAUCAGACUCGAUCGUAUAUCUAUACUAAUGCCGGAGCAUCCCAAUGUUUCAAUUUAUAUUGCUCUGGGUUUGUACAUGUGUCUACAGUCAUCCCAGUUGACGCUGUUUACGUCCCGGUUUCAGAACCAGGACCCGAGGGAAAGAAAUAUAUUGACAAAUUCAAGAUUGAACGUGAUGACAUACCUGGAAAUUGGUACCUGACGAUUGGGUUUAAUGAUACUAUUGUUGGAUUUUGGAAUUAUCGGAUAUUCAAAACUGGGCUGAAUAACUUUGCUACCUACAUCGAUUGGGGAGGACAAGUAUAUGGUCCUCCAAAUCUGCCAAGUCCAGGAAUGGGCAGUGGAGAGAAGUUCGUCCAGGACAUGACAUACAAUGCAUACUGUUGUCAACUCACUGUUGCAAAUCAAACUCAUUCCAUGGAUCUUGAAGGUGUUGAAGAAUAUGUAGAUGUUGAUGCCUAUAGCUUACGUGAUUACGGAAAUAUCGGAGGUUUUUUUCGACGUUACUUCUUGUAUGGGGGCUCCGGUGGUUACAUAGGAAAUUGA